CACCAGCCCACCACCGCCGCCCAUCCAAUCCAACAACGGCCGCGGCAGCAGCAGAGAGACAGGGAGGAGAGGACACCGCCCCAAAGCUCCGAGCCGCGGCACCUGCAAGCACGGGCGCGCGGCCGAGAAAAGCGCAGCCCUGCCGCGACUCUGCCACCUCUCCCUCGUGGUCUCCUCCUCCACUUGCUCCUGCUCCUCCAGACCUCCACCCCUCCAAAAGGGAGCCGGCCCCCAAUCCCUCUUAGCCCGGCGCACGGCGCAGGAAGGGGUUCGAUCGGAUCGGCGCCGUCGGAGGCGAGAUGUGGGAGUCGGUGGCGCUGACGCUGGCGGGCACCGCCGGCAACAACAUCGGCAAGGUCCUGCAGAAGAAGGGCACCCUCAUCCUCCCUCCCCUCUCCCUCAAGCUCAAGGUGGUCAAGGCGUACGCGUCUAACCAGCUCUGGAUCAGCGGUUUCCUUAUGGACAUGUGCGGCGCCGCGCUCAUGCUCACCGCGCUCUCCCAGGCGCCGGUCUCCGUUGUUCAGCCCAUUGCUGGUUGCGGUCUCGCAAUACUCUGCGUUUUCUCCCAUUUUUACCUCAAGGAGGUUAUGAACGGCCUCGAUUGGAUUGCCAUCACGCUAGCUGGUCUCGGCACCAUAGGUGUGGGUGUUGGAGGCGAGGAACAGAAAGUUGAUCAGAUACCUCUUUUAAAUAUACCCUGGCUAGUGCUCUCCAUUGUCAUCUUGUUUGUACUGCUCAACACAUGGCUUCAUAUGUAUAAAAAGCAAAGGCGCGAGCAAGAGUUGACUGGACCUGAAGUGAUCGAGGAGAUCAUAUAUGGCUUAGAAUCUGGCAUUUUGUUUGGGAUUUCUUCAGUGAUCUCUAAGAUGGGAUUUGUGAUGUCCGAGAUGGGUUUUCCGAAGAUUGUUGUGCCUGCUGCCAUUUCUUGUAGUGUUUGCUGCAGUGCAGUGGGAUUUGUGUAUCAGACUCGAGGCCUCAAGCAUGGGAGGGCAAUUGUUGUAUCUACGUGUACAUCAGUGGCAUCUAUAGUGUCUGGUGUUGUAGCUGGCAUGAUUGCACUUGAUGAACAUCUGCCUAAAGCUCCCACAGCUCGAUUUCUCCUCUUACUGGGAUGGUUCUUCAUCAUCUCUGGAGUAAUACUGCUUGUUAGUUCAACCCGAUUGAUUGCACGUCUGCCUAGGCCUGUUCAGAAGUUUUUGAAGAGCAACAUAGAGCGAACCCACAGCAUAAGGAGGCCUGGUUCAGCACGAGGGAAGGAUGCCAUCCCAACAACAACAAUCCAUACGUCGUCACUACACUUGCUUACUUCUCCAACAAAGGAGAAGGCCUAGAAAAAUGUUGCCACUAGAGCAACUUUGUUUCGGCACCUCACGUUUGUCAUGUCAUUAUUUGAUUGAAUGGUUCCGUGAACGUAGUCUAGAGUAGCAUCUUAAAAGUUUGGGCUGGUUAUUCACCAUACUGCCCUUUAUAGGUCUAACAGAAACUUGGAAAAAUAUUGCUGAGUUUUUAUCAGGUCUCGUCUUUUGUUUGGUUGCUGAGUGCAAAAUCUGGAGCUGGUAUCGCGCA